AUGAGUUUAUUACCAUUAAGAUACGAUGGAAUGACGGUCGAUUAUCUUAAAGAGAUCGCUGCUGCUAAGGGAUUAGACCUUAAGGAUGUUAAAUCUUUAAAUAAAGAAGCUUUAGUCAAGAAAAUCAAGGACUUUGACAAUCAACACGACCUCAAAGGGUAUGAAAUGUUUGUUAGCCCAGAUUCGAAUGAAGGUCAUGGAGGUCAACCAGACUUGAUCAAGGAUGUUAUUGAUGAAAAUUUAGGUUUAAAAGAUUUGAUUCAAGGUAAUCAGGAUCAUAUCGCUGCAUUAACUGAAGAACUUCACAAAUCCAAGAUUCAACAAUCAAAGUUAGCUGAUGAACUGGACAAGUCUAAGGUUAAUCCACCAAAAGGUGAAAGUGUCUCAACUGAAUACUUUACAGGUGAAUCUCAUCAAGAUACGUCUCCUCCUGCUUCCAAUGGUCACAAUUCUGCUCAUCAUUCUUCAUCGGUCAACAAAGCUGAAAAUUACAUCCAUUUUACACCAGAAGAUGUUCAUAAGAUCAAUGCUUUACGCAAGUUGAUCAAGCACCUGUCUCAACUUUCGCUGUACGCUGCUCAAGGUAAAAGAAGCUAUUUCUUUAACAAACUACAAAUGCCAGAGAAAUUAGCAAUGCCGUUUAAAAAUUCACUGGUCUUUACUGCUGAAAUUCUGCCAGCCAUUGAAAAUAUCUUGUUGUUCCUCAUUUCUAACAAGGUUGGGUUUGACGAAUACGGUGAUGUUCUAAUAUCCUUGCUCGACGGUGAUAACUUAGAGCAAUUUAAUUAUUUCAGAGCUGCUAAACUAAGAGUCAAAGAUGCUGCUGAUGGUACAGGAAUUCCCGUCACUGGUGAUAUCGCUACAUUAGGUUUAGGUCACACUGAUUAUGACAAAUUAUGGAUUAUAUUAUUAUUCUUGACCCGUGAUAUACAAUUGAAACUCUUAGUGGAUGAAUUAACAAUGAAAACUUUGAAUCUAUCUCCAAAACCUUUACACAAUGCUAAGGGUGAGGUUUUACACAUUUUAUCCAAGUACCAAAACGUAUUAGGAAACAAUCAAACAUAUAUAUCCAUGUUCAAAUCAAAAUUUCAAUCCUGGUACUACCAAUGGAACCCAAGUGCACCACCUUUAGAAGGUUCGGAAUCAGGUCAACGGUUUUUGGCUGCUACAAGUUACUCAACUUUACGUCAAAGUAUUCACAUGCUUUUAUCUGCUUCAUUAACAGUUCCAACUGCUCCAAAUGAGAAUUCAAGCUCUAUACCAGACGCUUUUUCAUCCGGUUUCAAUGCAAUGAACAUUGGGUCUCAUAGCUCUCGUUCUCAAAAUUAUGGCUCUCCAAAUCAUGGUUUUCAAAAAUACGGUUCUCAAAAUUAUGGUUCUCAAAAUUAUGGUUCAAGUGUUAGAAACCAAAAGGCUUCAUUUUCCAAGAGUUCUAAUUGUCCAAAUAAGAACCUACUCCAUAAUAUUGGGUUAAAUGAACAACAAAAACGGUUGUUUAACACGAAAUGUAAUUGUUACAUCUGCCUUAUUAAUAGAAAUCAAUACCUACUUGAAAAACAUUAUGGUCAGAAACCAAAUGGUGGUACAAAGAAUAAUCCCCAUUUUGCCGUUCUAGAAACAACUCAUGCUGCUACUCCAGAAGCUACUGCUGAAGAUGCUGUUGAUGGUGCUCCCCAAGAUCCACACGAUGAUUCUGCUAAUGACAUCACCGUUUCCUUUGAACCUUCCAUGGGUGAUUUCGAUGCUCAAACUUUAGAAGCAUUCAUUCAAGAAGAAGAAAAUUCUGCUGCUAAUGCAUGGGAAGCCCAAUUCAACAACCUUAGGCCUAGUUACUAG